AUGGAACCCGUCCCCGAGACUGAGAGAAUGGAAGAGUUUCGGUCCUCGCCUCUUUCCUCCCUCCGAGUGCAGAAUUCUAUUUUGAUUCCUUCCGCCACUACCGACCUCGAUCCUCUAAGGAAGCCUCCUACCUUGCGGCGCCAGACAGACCCGAGUCCUACAUCCCCGACCGCCCCGGCAUGGACAUUACCCCCACUGCCCUAUCGUCCUCGUACAACCUCGCCUCUCUCCGGACACCACGUGAGAUCCAGAUCCGUUGCAAGCCUAGCCCCUCCUAUGUCUCGCACUCAAUCUAUGCCUGGCGUCAACGGCGCUGGUCAUAUACUCUUCUCUCCCCAGUUUCGCCCUGCGAGCCCCUCAAGCUCGCCCAGCCGCAUUCGAAUUCCGCGGAAGCCUGUUGAUGAAGCCUUUCCAACCUCACCAAUUCGCAGUUCCGUCUUGGAGCCCGACCGCAGAGCCAGCGAGUCCAACAUCUCUCCAAAUCUAGGUUUUGCGACACCAUCUGCCAUACUGCCUCGCCACCGUCGCCCAUCCUCGCCUUUGCGCCAUCCUGGUCACAACAGCACUGGCUCACUUCCUGCACUACCCUCUACACCUACCUCGAUGGCGUCUUCACCGUCUUACCGGGGCUACGAACCCUUCUCACAUAGCUACAGUGUCUCCGCCUCAUUCCCGUCUUCGUCAGUGCCAUCAACUCCAACUUCCACCAGAUCGAGGAGUCCAAGUAUUUCCAGUCUCGAAACUAUACCAGAUUCGCCUGACGCUGAAGAGGCUGCUAUGGAAGCGGAGAGAAUUGCUCAGCUGAAGGCAGCUGCAGAUGCGGCCGAGAGAGGCGAUGCGGCCGAGAUUAAGGGCAGGAGUGGUCUUGAUGUACCUUCAAGGGGCAGAACGCUGGGAUUUGGAUCGAGAGACAAGCGAAAGCGGUGGAGUGUUUGUGGUGCUGAACGACGUCAAGAUCUUGACUUGGAAACUAUUUGGGAAGAUUGA